AUUAAAGGAUUACUAGUCAUACCUAAAUCCGGUUUAAACGAAUAGACGAAAACCGCCCAAACAAGUUCGUGCGAAAGAGAAUUUCCCCUCAAAGUAGCUCUACGAACCAGGGAGCUAUGGCGGCUGCAGAUCCGCCGAGUUCUAUUCGUAAAGUUGUCGUGCAUCUGAGAGCUACCGGAGAUGCUCCAAUACUCAAGCAAGCAAAGUUCAAGAUAGCUGGGACUGACAAAUUUGCUAAAGUGAUUGACUUUCUUCGCCAGCAACUUCACAGGGAUACACUGUUUGUAUACGUGAACAGUGCCUUUUCGCCAAACCCUGAUGAAUUGGUUAUUGAUCUCUAUAAUUUAAGAACAAGGCCCAACACUUCAUAAGAGCAUCAACCAGAUGUAUGCUUCUUUCCAAGGCUACCAUGGAGGACCUAGAUAUGUCAUAAUUUUGGUCAGUUAUGUAGACGUGUCUUACCUAUUGUGCUGUUUGUGCUAAUGUAUUUAUUUAUUUUUAUUUUGUCUGGUAUUGAGAAAACAUAUUGGAAAUACCCAGACACACCUGAGCACAUCGCAUAUCUCAUUCUAAGUUUUAAGCAGUGGACCUGGACACUGUGUAUGCUGGUUUGUUUUUAGUAGGGUUGCAAAGAAUUUAAAUGAAAUGGCAAUUACCAGUAGCUUCCCUAGAUGAUUAGGACAGCAAAGAGAGGGUAGAGUGAGAGAGAAGAAAUAGAGGAUAUUAGAGAGAGAAAUUGAUAGGAAGUAGAGAAAAUACAAAGGGAGAAGAAGAUAGGAGAAACUGAGAAAGGAAGAAGGAAAAUAGAAGAGAGAGAGAGAGAGAGAGAGAGAGAAGGAAGUUUGAUUCAAAUUUCACAACUGAAUUCUGAUGUACAGGACACAGUUAAACAAAAUAUUUAUACAGCCAACAUUAAAUGGAAAGAAAUUACACAACACCUAAAAACUAGAAAUACUCAUAAAUCAUAAUAACCCUAAGCUAACUAAAAAUUCUAGAAUAAUUUAAAUUUCAAAAUUUGUAGCUGCAAUAUGAAUGCUUAAAAUUCUCCAUCGGUGGUCCUCCAUCACUAGAUUCUGAACUUUAUGGAUCCAUUUGUUUGGGCUGGGUAUUCAAAGGUGGAGUGCUUCGUUUAAAUCCAAGUAGAUCAAGUUUUGGGGUUAUAUCUAGUAUCUUCUAUUGAUAGUUAUUAUUAUCUUUUUACCAGAACUCAUAAUUAUCUUUAUUUAUGUCUAGAGCCUUGAUGGACAUUGUUUUUCCUGCUGCUCAUUUUUUACGUGAACUUACAUGACUAUGUUGUUUGAGUUCUUUUUAGGACAUACCACGAAUUGAACAGAAUAGUUAAUAUUAGUCCACUUAGAACAUUUCUACCUGUGAAAAAUAAAGCUUGGAACCAGAAGAAAGAAAUGACGAACAGGAGGGAGAAAAGGCUCUUUUAUUAUUAUUAUUAUUAUUAUUAUUAUUAUUAUAUCUCCUGCUCUCAUGAGAAUCGAAGUGAAGUUGUUCUCUCAGCCACUGCUCUAGAACAAUUCAGUAAAUUAUAUGUGAUUUAAGCUGGUCUUUUGGCCAGUAAGGUAUUUUCUUGUUGAAUUCAUUUUUGUUCUCUAUUCCUUUCAGAGCUUUAGUUCAUUCCUAUUUCCUAUUUUAUGGAAUUUUAUUACUGAUUUUGUCAAUAUGUUUCUUUAAUAUUGCAGAAUUUUGGUUUUGACGGCAAACUGCUGGUUAAUUAUGCUUGUUCCAUGGCAUGGGGCUGAUGGGUCUAAGCAGUUUUCAUGAUUUAACUAUUCAUAUGGUGAGUUGGGAGUUCAACAUUGACAGAUAAAACUCGUGACCUCAACACUAACUUUGCAAGUUAAAAACACAACUUCAGCUGCAUCUUUUAGCCGUUGGGAAUUUGGAAUUGAGUGAGCAGGCAGUGAAGUUGCAUGCAAGGAAUUUUUCGUUGCAUAUUUUGGUAAAUGUUCAGUUCAUCAUGAUUUAUUGUCUGAUUGUCCAUGUGUAAAGCAAAUGUGUCAAAAAUAAAACUCUGGAAGAGAAAAAUGGUUGUGGAGUGCUAUUUACCACGUAUUACAACUGUAUUGUACUUGCAGACUUUCUGUAUACUUUUUAUCUAAUUCGUACUGGUGAUGGAGAAAUUCUCCACGCUUAUUCUGUUGUA